GAGCCGCUCGGGGCGCGCGCGCGGGUGUCAUGGCGGCCUGCAGGCAGUGCUGCUCUUACUUGCGGCUCCGGCCGCUGGGCUGCGGUCCUCUCCGUCCCCUCGGCCGGCCCGGGCGGAGUCGGGCACUCACCUCCUCGCAGGUGCGAGAGCUGUGGAGCAGCUCCGGGUCCCGAGCGGUGGCUGUGGACCUGGGCCACAGAAAAUUAGAAAUAUCCUCUGGAAAACUGGCAAGAUUUGCAGAUGGCUGUGCUGUGGUACAGUCAGGUGAUACUGCAGUAAUGGUCACAGCGGUCAGUAAAACAAAACCCUCGCCUUCCCAGUUCAUGCCCCUGGUGGUUGACUACAGACAGAAGGCUGCUGCAGCAGGAAGAAUCCCAACAAACUACCUUAGAAGAGAGAUUGGCUCUUCUGACAAGGAAAUUCUUACAAGUCGAAUAAUAGAUCGUUCAAUUCGACCUCUCUUUCCAGCUGGCUAUUUUUAUGAUACUCAGGUGAUUUGUAAUCUGCUAGCAGUAGAUGGCAUCAAUGAACCUGAUAUCCUGGCAAUUAAUGGUGCUUCCGUAGCUCUCUCCUUAUCAGACAUUCCUUGGAAUGGACCUAUUGGGGCAGUACGAAUAGGAAUGAUUGAUGGAGAAUGUGUUGUUAACCCAACAAGGAAAGAAAUGUCUUCUAGUACUUUAAAUUUAGUGGUUGCUGGAGCACCUAAAAGCCAAAUUGUCAUGUUGGAAGCCUCCGCAGAAAAUGUUCUCCAGCAGGACUUUUGUCAUGCUGUUAAAGUGGGAGUGAAGCAUACCCAGCAGAUAAUUCAGGGCAUCCAGCAGUUGGUAAAAGAGAUUGGUGUUGCCAAGAGGACACCCCAGAAGAUAUUCACCCCUUCACCAGAGAUUGUGAAAUAUGCUCAUAAAAUCGCCAUGGAGAAACUCUAUGCAGUUUUUACGGAUUAUGAACAUGAUAAAAUUUCUAGAGAUGAAGCUGUUAACAAGAUAAGACUAGAUACAGAGGAGCAACUAAAGGAAAAAUUUCCAGAGGUCGACCAAUUUGAAAUAAUAGAAUCCUUCAAUGUUGUUGCAAAGGAGGUUUUCAGAAGUAUUAUUUUGAAUGAAUACAAAAGGUGUGAUGGACGGGAUUUGACUUCACUUAGGAAUAUAAAUUGUGAGGUAGAUAUGUUUAAAACACUUCAUGGAUCAGCAUUAUUUCAGAGGGGACAGACACAGAGACACUGGAGUAAUGGAUUAGAAGUUGGCCAAGAAAUUCAGGUCAAAUAUUUUGGCCGUGAUCCAGCUGAUGGAAGAAUGAGGCUUUCUCGAAAAGUACUUCAGUCUCCAGCUAUAACUGCUGUCAAGACUCUGAGUGACAGAAGCAGCAUUGUAAUGGGAGAGCCUGUUCCCCAGUCAUCGUCGAACUCUUCCCCUUGACCCCUUUUGGAAAUGGUAUUCAACAGUGACAUUCUGCAAAACAAAUUUUAAUAGUCCUGUUUAAUGUGUAGAUUAUAUAUAAUUUAAAUAUAAUUAUUUGUAUUAAAAUGCUCAUUUCUAUAGGAGGACUUUUUUUGUCCCACCACCCAGCUCUUAAAUCACAACAUGGAGAUUUAUUAUUAAUUAUGAAACCUUGGCCAAUAGCUUGGGCUUGUUUUUAGCUAGCUCUUAUAACUUAAAUUAAUCCAUUUCUGUUAAACAGUGUGUUGCCCCACGUUCAUUUACCUAAUCUACAUACCAUCCAUUCUGCUUUCCUGCUUCCUCCAUGUCUCCUCACGACUCCACCCUUCUUCUUCCCAGCAUCCUCUGUGCCUGGAAAGCCUGCCUAGCUAUUGGCCGUUCAGCUCUUUAUUAAACCAAUCUGAGUGACACAUCUUCACAGUGUACACAAAGAUUAUUCUACAACACA